UGCAACCUGCUGAUUCCUGUUAGACAGUCAGUCACAGCCUGUGAGCAGAGGAGCUUAAUUGAGAGCGGUGAGACUGUCAGGAGCGCAAAUCUGGAGACGAACUGUGGUUUGAAAAGCAGGUAGAUUAUGAUUUUGUGUGAAAUGGCUCAUUUCACAAGAGUUGCUGUUGUUUUACAGGUGAACUUCAUGUCAAACCGUGUCUUUUGACCGACUUUUCCCCCUUGAGCAGUUUCACAUGGUGCACUUUAUCCUGAAGUUCCACAACGCGCCAUGCACGGGAUUGAGAAAUGAAAGCAGCACCAACAACCUUAUUCUGCGCAUUUUGCUUUAGAAAGUAUUUCAAAUGGCUUGAUGCACAAAUCUCUUUUGGUUUUUGAUCUGCGGCUGCGACAGACAACAGCGCGCUCGGACAGACUUUGUUUCCCAUUACGCUCACUCGGACAGAGGCAAGACACACUUGGGACUCCGGAGAGUUUAACACCAUGACCAGCUGCUGGCUCGCCUUGGUCGGAUUGUGCUUGAGCGCGUAUUACUGCAUGUUCCCGGUGGCGGGGAGUAAUUAUUCAGUUGAUGGAAACAACGAAGUGCACCCGGGUUUCAUCCACCGGCGACUGCGGACGCACGAGAAGAGGGAGAUGCAGAAGGAGAUCCUGUCCAUCCUCGGACUGCCGCACAGACCGAGACCGCAUCUGUCGCAGGGAAAGUACAACUCCGCUCCACUCUUCAUGCUGGACUUAUACAACACCAUAUCCAGCGACGAGAAAAGUCAAGUGGAGGGCUUGUUGGACCGAUACCAGUCCACGCGCACCACGCAGAGUCCUCCUCUCACCACGUAUCAAGAAACUGCCUUUCUGAAUGAUGCGGAUAUGGUGAUGAGCUUCGUGAAUUUAGUGGAGUACGACAGCGAGUUCUCCCCACAGCGGCGUCACCACAAGGAGUUCAAGUUCAAUCUCUCGCAGAUCCCCGAGGGUGAGGCCGUCACCGCAGCCGAGUUCCGUCUCUACAAGGAGUGCGUGAGCCCCACCUUCCGCAAUGACACCUUCCAACUCAAAGUCUACCAGGUGCUUAAGGAGCAUCCUGACAGAGAGGCAGACCUGUUCUUGUUGGAGUCUCGCAGCCUGUGGGCAGCAGAGGAAGGCUGGCUGGAGUUUGACAUCACCGCCACCAGCAACCUGUGGGUGAUGAGUCCAGUACACAACCUUGGUUUGCAGAUCAGCCUGGAGACCAGCAGCGGACAGAGCAUCACUUCCAAAGAGGCGGGGCUUGUGGGACGUGACGGCGCACUGGAGAAACAGCCUUUCAUGGUGGCGUUCUUCAAAGUCAGUGAAGUGUACGUCCGCACUACCCGCUCCACUGGCGGCAAGCGGCGACAGCAGAAUCGCAACCGGUCCACACAGCCACAGGACGGAUCCAGAGGUCUGGGCCCAGCAGAUUACAACAGCAGCGACCAGAAAACGGCGUGCAGAAGACACGAGCUCUACGUCAGCUUCCGAGAUCUGGGCUGGCAGGACUGGAUCAUUGCUCCUGAAGGCUACGCAGCCAACUACUGUGAUGGAGAGUGCUCCUUCCCUCUUAACGCCCACAUGAACGCCACUAACCAUGCCAUUGUACAGACACUGGUGCACCUGAUGAACCCAGAGAACGUACCAAAGCCGUGCUGCGCCCCCACCAAGCUUCACGCCAUCUCGGUGCUCUACUUUGAUGACAACUCUAACGUUAUACUGAAGAAAUACAAGAACAUGGUGGUGCGGGCCUGUGGCUGCCACUGACACCACCAAACUCCUUCAUAGGCUCAGUUUAAAAUGGAAAGAAGCUGUUGGCAAAGGGCUGCAACCAACUGCACCAGAGACUCCGGAGUAAUGUUGACCUUCAGUAGAGGUCAAUUCUCUGCACAGAUCCUCAGCAAGGAUCGUCCACCCUGAAAGAUCAUUCAAUAAUUCUGGACAAAAGCUCAAAAGCUCUUCCGGUGACACCGUUUCUACACAAGGCAUUAAAUAAUAGUUGUCACCUGAAAGCAACUGAAACCUAACCAAGUGCUGAGUCUUCAAAUGGUUAUCGCCCCCUUUACCAGAUUUUGAGUGGAAUCUUCUUUCAUGGAUCUGCAAUGAAUGAAUGUGUGUGUUUAAAAGUGGGGGUGUCCGUCUGUCUGUAUAUUGUGUCUAUGGACGUGUGUGUGUGUGUGUAUAAAUGGCUAAGAGGCUACUGCACCUUCUCCCUCACUGAGAGGGGUGAGGGCAAAUCUAAACUGUUGGACCAGUCCGAGUGCUGCUUUCUUUAUCUUCUAUACAUUUAUAUAUAAAACACAGAGGCUCUGUUCUCAGAAGAGGCUUGUGUGUAAAUACUGACGGACGACUGUCUCCACAGGGAGUGGCUUCAGUGUCAUCACAGCACUGGAAACCAAAGGUUUGAGUUUCAGAUGGGAGAAUACAGGACCAGUUUCCUCUCCAGUGCAGAUAUUAACCUGAACAAUCUCACACCAAACGAAUAAUGCGUUUGACGCCGUUGUUUCAUAUCCCCUUCCUUUUUAUAUGUUUUCUUCUCAAGCCAUAUUUGCCUUCCUAAAAUAUAAUAUGGACUGAACCUAAGUGACCGCAUGCUAUUUUAGUGCACUGCUCCAAAUAUCCGCUCCGUGUCAAUAUUUGCCAGACUCACGCUGAGCUGCGAUUCACCAGACGGGCUCAUCGUCUGAUGCAUGUUCUGGCUAAACUGGUGUUUUUCUCCAAAGAGCUGAAGAAUACGGCCUUAUCCCUCCAACAUACCACAAAUGGCCAUUUCUACGUUUGCUGCGCGCGCUAAGUUAACAAACGUUCCACCUCGGACAACUCGGGAGAGAUUGUGGAAAAACAUUUAGCGAGUCAAAACCAGCCGACAGAACGGUUCCUGUGCCAGAUUUCUGAAAUUAGCCCUCUGCUUUUUCAAACCCUGAGGGUAAAAACUAUGUCGAGUUGUGUGUCCAGUGGCAACAUUCUGUCCAAUUGAACAUGUUACUGUGAGUUUGAAUGACAGUCUUUUUUAGAGACCAUAUCUAACUGAAAAACUAACACCAGUAAGAAUCAAAAUACCUUCCAUGACUAACCAACUAUAAAUUACAAAAUAUACCUCUGGUAAGCUGCUGUUUACAUUUGUGAUCAUGUUUAGACUGUUGAUGUAAAUACUUGUACAUUCUUCGCUUAUUUAUUGCACCUUUUAUUAAAAAAAAAAUAGAAGAAAAAUCACAUACCUUUUAAUAACAAAGACAGAUGCAAAAACACAUUGAAACUUAUUUUUUAAAUUUUUUUACUAUGAAAUCUCAUGUUACAACUUGCCAUUAUUUACUCUUUUUGUACAAAAAACAUGGGUAGUGAACAACCCGUGACUCACAAGAAAAAAACUUCUUAUCUGAGGGGUUUUUUUUGGACCAUGUGCUAUCCAUAAAAACUUUUACUGACAAAAAAAACCCUGCCGUCUCUGACUGUUUAUGAACUUCUCAUUGAACUUGGGUCAAAGAGCAUUUUCAUUGUACUGGGCAUGUGAAUGAAGUUUGCUACGUCGGGAUUAAUGACAGAAAAGGUGCUGAAGAGACCUUUAAAACCAGGGUUGUUACAACUGUUGGUCUUUACAACAGCAAAUAAGGUCUCACAAUAUCAAUCACUAAUUGAGUGUUUGUUAUUAUGAGACUUAACUAAAGGGUGUAAAUUUAAUU